GCAGGGAGCGCUGUGCACGGUGCACUGUGUUGGGAGGUUUAGAUCUACAGGCUGCAUCGCCUCCUCACCCAAGUGGAAGGACCGAGCGCCGUGCAAUGGACAAAGUGACCCGCGGUGCACUGUGUGCGAUGCCCGAGGGGGAAUGAAGAGUACGACACGUAGUUUUGAUGAAGGCUUGAGAUUCUCUGGCGCUAUGGCACGGAUUUGCACUCUGGCAAAGGCGCACUUUGCAAAGAUGACAUAGCGCUCGAGAUCAUGGGACUCCUCGAGGAACCGAACUCACUCACAACGUGAAUGAAAAGAGGAAAAGGGAUUUGCACUCAGCGCGGUUGUUUCGUUCUUUUACCUGGGCGGCUGUGAGCAGAGUGAGUGUGAACUAUGAAUUUGGGCAAAGCGCUCCUGUUGCUCCUGCUCUCCAGUUGCGUGACAAUGGUGCUGUCGCUCUCCACUUGCACCACCGUGGACAUUGACCACAUCAAGAAGAAGAGGGUGGAGGCGGUGCGGGGACAGAUCCUCAGUAAACUCCGAUUGACCAGUCCGCCCCAGACGACGGGUCCCAGCCAGGUACCGUUCCAGGUGCUGGCCCUCUACAACAGCACCAGGGAGCUCAUCGAGGAGCUGGGGAGAGACCGGCAGCAAAGCUGCGGACAGGAUAACACAGAGACCGAAUACUACGCUAAAGAGAUUUACAAGUUCAACAUGAUCAACGGGCCGCCUGAAAACAAUGACCUCCCCUACUGCCCAAAGGGAAUCACCUCUAAAGUGUUCCGCUUCAACGUCUCCACCAUGGAGAAGAACUCCACCAACUUGUUCCGGGCCGAGUUUCGAGCCCUGCGGAUCCCCAACGGUAGCGCCAAGAAAAAUGAGCAGCGGAUCGAGCUCUACCAGAUCCUCCAGAAAGACGACCCUAAAGCCAAGCAGCGCUACAUCGGGGGCAAGAACGUUCUGACUAAAGGGAUGGCCGAAUGGGUCUCUUUCGACGUUACGGAGACAGUGAGGGAGUGGCUGAUGUACAGACAAACCAAUCUUGGCCUGGAGAUCAGUGUGCACUGCCCAUGUCACACCUUCAAGCCCAACGGGGACAUUAUUGAGAACGCCAACGAGGUGCUCGAGGUCAAGUUCAAAGGUACGGAGCCAGACUUUGACGACCAGAGCCGCACCAAGAAACAAAGGGAGCAGCUGUACCCCCAUCUCAUCCUCAUGAUGCUGCCCCCGCACAGGCUGGACGUGCAUUCUUCGUCCCGCAGGCGCAAGAGAGCACUUGACACCAAUUACUGCUUCAACAAUUACGAGGAGAACUGCUGUGUGCGACCACUUUAUAUUAAUUUCCGCCAGGACUUGGGCUGGAGGUGGAUCCAUCAGCCAGAGGGCUACUACGCCAAUUUCUGCUCCGGUCCUUGUCCUUACCUACGCAGCGCUGACACCACACACAGCACGCUGCUGAGCCUCUACAACACCUUGAACCCAGAGGCAUCUGCCUCACCCUGCUGUGUGCCCCAGGACCUGGAGCCUCUGACCAUCCUCUACUACGUGGGCCGCUCGCCUAAAGUGGAGCAGCUGUCCAACAUGGUGGUCAAGUCGUGCAAGUGCAGUUAGGAAGCCUCAGGGACUUCAGAGACACCUUCCCGCACUACUCAGGAGCGGUCCAGAGAGGUUUGGGGGAGCCUCCGCUGCCCCUUGUACUUCAGUCUUGUCCUAGCUCCGUCUCACUUUGGAAAAGCCUGCAGACAUUGGCAGCAUCUGGUCCAGUUUGACCGAUGAGGGUGAACUCUCAAACCCAGCAGACCUCUUGAUGACCAUCAGCCCUUUAUUUUUUUUUUUUAAACCAUCUUUCUUACAUUUUUACUUCAUAUUCCAGCAUUUUUGAACAGCUCGUACCUCAGUGUAUUCUCAUCCUGUUUUUAUCUAAAGAGGAAUGGAACGAAAAUUGUCUUGGAAUGACCACUGCAUUCUUAAGGACAAGAGAGUGUGGAAAAAAAAAAAAA